AUGGCUGCCGCUGGCCGGGCAGAGGAGAGUUUACCACUGGCGGCAGAAUCAUCCAAGACAACCUUACCUACACCACCAGCAGUUCCCGCCGCAAGGAAGCCUAAGAAAUGUCUGGUGUAUCCACAUCCCCCGAGGAGCUCCCGCCUGUGUCCUUCUGUCCUGCGCUGGCUGCAGGGCCUGGAUCUCAGCUUCUUCCCGAGGAAUGUUACCAGGGAUUUUUCAAAUGGCUACCUAGUUGCAGAGAUAUUCUGUAUAUAUUACCCCUGGGACCUUCGAUUAUCAUCCUUUGAAAAUGGUACUUCCUUGAAAGUCAAAUUGGAUAACUGGGCACAAAUAGAGAAGUUUCUAGCGAAAAAAAAAUUUAAACUACCUAAAGAACUCAUCCAUGGAACAAUUCACUGCAAGCCUGGGGUGCCUGAAAUACUGAUUCAGGAGAUUUACACUUUACUCACCCAUCAAGAAAUUAGAAGCAUCCAGGAUGAUUUUGCUAAUUUCACAGACUAUAGUUAUCAGAUGCGUUUGCCCCUGGUUCCCAGGAGUACAGUAUCAAAGUCUAUUAAAAAUAACAUUAGGUUAUCGGAACUACUAAGCAAUCCUAAUAUACUCAGCAAUGAACUCAAGAUAGAAUUCCUCUUCCUUUUGCAAAUGCUGCAAAGAAAAUUAAGCAGAAAAUUGAAUCCAGGAUGGUUUGAUAUCAAACCAACAGUGGGAGAAAUCACAGUUGGCCAUCUUCCUGCCCAUAGCUAUAAGCACAAAUACAAAUCAAAAGUUUCAAAGGAAAGAGCUGUGUCGUCUUUAUCAAAAUCAGGCAAUGAUGUCCAACCACAUAGAGAAAUCCAUGUGAAGCAAAAUGGAAAACCUUGUGAUGCCACUGCAAAACCUAUGAUAAAUGUGGAAGAAACAAUGAAAGACACGGAGGAAGUAGCUUUGAAGAAGUAAUGUCAUUAAUGUCUACCACAAUCUGGGUAUAUAAUGACACACCCAGUCUUGGAUGUACUUAAAUAAUAAAUAACUUAACUUGG